AUGGAUUAUUUCGCUAGCUAUGCAAAACCUUGGGUCCAUAGGGUCUUGAUGAGCUUUAUUGGUGCCUAUGUAGAAAAUCUGUCGCAGGAUCAGUUGUCGGUCGGCAUUAACAAGGGCAAUAUUGAUUUACGGGAUUUGAGCCUCAAGAAGAGCGUGUUGGACAAACUCGACUUGCCCUUCGGAGUAGUUGAAGGUCGUAUUGGCCGUUUCAUGCUCUCCAUUAAUUGGACGAAGAAGGAAACACCAGUUGUGAUUGAAAUCGAGGAUGUGCAAGUCCUAAUAGCUGCCUCGUCGGCAACGGCAUACAGUCGCGAAGAUGAAGAGAGGAGGGAGCAGCAAUUGAAACAAGAACGUCUCGAACGAGCAGAAGCGCUCCGGAUGGGAGGAGAGGUAUCAGAGUCGUCUUCUUUCGGGGCCGGAUACUUCAACUCAAUCAUCGCACGAAUUGUCAAUAACGUACAAGUGAAAAUUAAGAAUAUCCAUUUACGUUAUGAAGACAAACAGACUGUGCCCGCGCAUCCCUUUGCAGCUGGAAUUACGCUAGCUGGACUAUCAGCAGUAUCCGUAGAUGCGGAUUGGAAACCCAAGUAUCUGGAUGCUUCUGAACAAUCUAUCCAUAAGCUUGCCACUCUGGAUUCGCUGGCAGUCUAUUUCAAUACCGAUUCUGAAAGUAUCGCUGGCCUAGACUACGAAAAGUCGAAGAAACUAUUCAGGGACUUGAUAUCUUCCGAUGCACACCCUGUCGAGCAUCAGUUUAUCCUACGACCGGUCUCUGGUGAAGGACGUGUAAUCCUGAAUAAGCAAUGGGGAAAUAAUGGCCAACCUCACUAUGAUGCCCAACUACUGUUCAAUGAGUUAGGGUUUAAUCUGGAUAAUCACCAAUACCGCGACGUCAUCUCGCUGGCGGACGAGUAUCAUAUUUUUGUGAGGCAACACAAGUACCGGAAAUAUCGUCCAGAUGAGUCCGAAUUCGAGGCGAACAAGUCCAAAGCUUUAUGGAAGUUUGCAACUGUUGCCAUUCGGGAAGAGGUCCAUGACAAACACGUAAGAUGGACUUGGGAGCACUUCCGGACUCGCCGUGAUGAGCGACAUCGAUAUGUCGACCUCUUCAAGCAGAAAGAAUUGGAAAAUAAGAGUGAGGAAAUCGUCAACGAUCUCGCCUCGCUGGAGCGGAAGUUGUCGUACAAUGAUAUACGAUUCUACCGUUCUAUUGCACGGUCUCAACUAAAGAAGGAUAAGAGUGCUGCCAGGGUGUUGGAACAGAACAAGAAAAAGCAACAGAGCUGGUCAUCCUGGCUGUGGGGCACAACUAACGAUACGCCCAAAUCUCUCGACCAGAUGACGGAGGAAGAGAAGAAGGGGUUGAACGAAUUCCUUGAUUACGACGAGAGAGCUGAGCUUGCUGAAGCGUUCGAUCCCUCACGCGAGACGAUCUCUACUCGUGCAAAGGUGCACCUUAAACAGGGCUCGUUUCGUCUCAAACGAAGUCCGUCGGACGGUUCAAGUGAUAUUGUGUCACUUGUCUUUGAUUCCUUUGAUAUGGGUGGAGUGCAACGCCGCGACAACUUCGAAGCUUCUCUUUCGUUAGGAAACUUCCGCGUGUUUGAUGGCACCACUACAAAUGACUUGUACAAGCAGAUCGUACACGUCAAGGAGAGCGAGAAACCGAAGAGCCAGCCCGAGUCUUCGGAAGGCAGUGGAGAUCCAUCUGAAGAUGCAUUCUUCUAUAUGAAAUACGAGUUCAAGCCUUUGGACGAACGCGCUGAUAAUGGCCUGACCGUCAAACUACGAUCAAUGGAGAUCCUAUAUCAGAGGGGAUACGUUGAGGCGAUUGUCGCAUUUUUCAAGCCCCCAGAGAGUCAGCUACAGUCUGUGGAAGCACUACUGAGUGUAGCUGGAGAGACCUUGGGAGGAAUCCAGAAGGAAACUCGUGCUGGGUUGGAAUAUGCCUUGGAGACGCAUAAGACCGUUGAUCUUCGACUUGACAUGCAUGCCCCGAUCAUAAUCAUUCCAGAAAGUGUAACGUCUAAGCACUGUAACCACCUGGUGAUAGAUGCAGGACGUGUUCUCGUGGAAAGUACACUGGCAAGUAAAGAAACCAUCAGAGAGAUUGAAAAGAAGCGGAAGACCAAGUACACGGAUGAGGACUACAAGCAGCUCGAGUCGAUGAUGUACGACAACUACUCAGUAAAGCUCGUUGCAGCUCAGUUUGUAAUCGGCGAUAGUCUCGAUGCUUGUCGUUCAGCUUUGCAAGCCGAGGAGCCUGACCCAAGGUUACAUCUGCUAGAACGCGUGAAUAUCGACUUACUGGCCCAGAACUCUAUUGUUCCCUCAGCUCGCAGUAUUGCUCGUUUGAAGAUGUCCGGCAGACUCCCGAACCUCCAUGUCAACUUCUCAGAUAGCAAAUACAAGACGCUUAUGCGAUUACUCGAUGUGUCUCUUCCGCGGCUCGAUGAUGACUCGAAUGCGUCCCAGGCGGGUAGACGUGAUAAACCUGCUUUUCAGCCUUCUGUGGAGCUGUUUGGAAGCGGACAAGCCGAGUAUGUCGUUGACGAUGUAUCUGUAAAAGAAUCCGAGGAAGAAUCGGAUGCAUCAGGAAUAGCUGCCAAGGAGCUUUCCGAUAUUCGACAGCACCAGUUUGAACUUUCAUUCCGAGUUGAUUCGUUGCAAGCGACGAUAUCUCGGACUGCGGAAGAUGGUUCAGAGAGAGCGCUGGGUAAUCUAGCAUUGGAUCAUUUUCUACUCAACUUUGUCCUGGCGAAAUACGAAAUGAAGGUUGACAUCGACCUCAAAGCAAUCGACUUGAAGAGUUCACCCGCUGGCUAUGAUCCGCUUCUUCUUGUCUCGACAGAAUCCGAUACUUCCGAGGGUGCAAAUCUAAUGAACGUGGCUUAUCGCCGUGCUCAGAAAGCAUCACCGGAUUUUUUGACGAUAUACGAUGGCUACGAUCAAUCUGUAGACGUCACGUUAACAACCUUUGUUGUACGCGCUGUACCAGAGCAUGUACUUUCGCUGUAUGACUAUAUCAUGACGACAUUCGUCCCAAGCCGAAAUGGAAGUACAACAGCACAAGUUGAGGAAACGUCUGCACAAGGUGUGCAACCUAAGGAGGAACAAUCAUCUCAGCGAUCUCCCGAACGAAUCCGUGUCCGAGCGAAAUUAGCCGAAUUCCAAGUUUUGUUACUUGAAAAGUCGGAUAGUAUUGCGACAAUGUCCCUCUCCACGGCAAACGUGGACGUUGAUCUAGAAGAAAAUGGGCUGGUUGUUAUCGCACGUUUGGGCAGCCUGAAGCUCACAGAUGACUCUCCCAUACAAACGAGGUCACCAGAGUUCAAACAUUUACUUUCGAUCAAGGGUGAUGAACUUGCGGAACUUCGGUACGAAUCGUUCAGCCCAGCAGAAGCCAUACAGAAAGGCAUCAAUUCUUCUGUAAACUUGACGACUGGCUCACUGAAGCUUCAUUUCCUCGAGGCUCCACUCAACAGCAUGUAUCUCUUCUUGAUGAAGUUCGCUCGCUUAAAGGGACUAUACGAUGCCGCCACGGAGGUAGCGGUACAGCGAGCGGCCCAGGUGGAGCGAAUGGCUUUUCAUUUAAGCGUCCGGUCGCCCAUAGUGGUCUUCCCAGUGGACCCGACUCAUCUAGAGGACGUAUUUGUUCUAAGACUUGGGGAACUGUCGACUCAAAAUGAGUUCGACAGCUCUACGCAGCUCAUUACCGGGAGCCUUAACGGAAUACAGCUUACCUCACUGUUUUUCGAGGAAGGCAAAGCGCGCCUCAAUAUCAUUGAUGACGUGAAUGUUUCUACGGAGAUAACGCAGGCAGGAGCUGGUAGUUAUGACCCGAAGGCAGACACUGCGGAGUUCAAGACAAUGGUCCGCAUAUCGGAUGUCAAUCUUAAGUUAACGGAGCUGCAGUACUGCAGAUUAAUUACACUCUCCCAAGCAAUACCAGGUGUAUUCUCCGGGUCAUCGGAAAGCCAAAUAGAAGCGCCUCAACUUCAGCAGCAUGUUCAAAGUGCUCAGUCAGAGUCUCAAGCGAAUCUCUUACCAGAGCUGAGCCCGACACUGCCUCCCUCCGGCCAGGUGGAUUCGAAGAAGGUUGAUCUAGUUGUGACGAUGCAAGCCGUAAAUCUGCAUCUAUAUGACUCAGGUGCUAUAUCGGAAAGCGAUCUCAAGUCGCACGGGAUCACAAAGUUUACGCUGUCCGGUACAACAAUGACGUUGGACAUGCGAACCAGUGGUGCUUUGCAAAGCCAGCUCUGGAUCAAGGCUUUCACGAUGAACAACAUCAGACCUGGACCGACAAAAUUUAGGGAAAUUAUUCCUGCCGCCGACCAUGGACGCGAUCAAUUCCAUUGUCUAUUCACCUCUUCCGGAGGGUCAAAUUCAGCUUCACAGAUCGUUGCGACUAUAGAUUCUCCGCAUAUUAUAUUUUCUAUCGAACCCAUCUUUGCUCUGUCCAAUUUCUUCCUCAGCGCAUUCAGCUCAGAAAAAUCAGGGUCAGAGGAUCAGCCCAAGAUUAUGCAGGAACCAGUGAAGCCCUCCGGAAACGAACCUCAGCCACCUCCGUUGCUUAGCUUCCGCUUUGACCUGUACGAUACACUGAUCAGCGUUUUGGAGGACGAUCAGAAGAGCGACACGCAGGCCGUGAGGCUUUCAUUGUCCCGCCUUUCCUUAUCACAGCAAAAUGCCAUGGUGCUCGACAUGUCCCGAUUAGGAAUGUCUCUUCUGCGCAUGAACAAACAAGCAGAGACCGUCCGAUUCCUGGAUGAUGUUGACAUCAAACUAGCUUCAGAGAGCCGCUCUGAAUGGAACAAACAGUUCACUGGUAUUAACAUAGUCGUGGAACAGGAAUUCGUCUUCAGGGCGUCAUAUCGAGACAUCUUGCUUAUUACGGCCAUUGCCAACAAAGCUCUGGCUCUGUUCUCGGGCACGGACGACGUUGAUACAAAAGAGACGAAGCAAGCUGCAUUUGAUAAUGCAGCGAAUGCAGUUGCGGCAAGAAGCAAAGCAGGAGAUGGCCGGAAAAGCUCGUCUUCCAUGACAAGAUUCUCUCCUACCCGAUCCAGAUCGAACUUGGCGGCGAAAGUUAUCAUGUCCACUGAAGAGAUGGAGGCAUCGUUCCAAGGUCUUCGAUUAGUGCUUAUCGGUGACCUACAUGAAGCCCCCGUGCUCCACAUGACAGCCAAAGCAUUCACUGUCUCUGUAAAUGACUGGUCAACGCAGCUUCAAGCGAGGACUACUAUACCACUGACGAUUGAUUAUUGGAAUCUGAAAAACUCACACUGGGAACCUCUAAUCGACCCCUGGAACUUCUCGAUAAAGAUGCACAAGAUUGCAUCGACUGGUGGCAUCUCCUUGGAUCUUUCUUCGACAGAGCUCCUCGAUCUCAACGUAAGCUCCAAUUUCGUUGAACUGGCCAUCACUACUGCGAAUAUAUGGAACAAAGAAGGGGACCGUGUCCUUGAGCGAGCGAGAGGAAGUUAUGCACCCUAUCGCAUUUGUAACAGAACGGGAAGCCCAGUCUAUGUGUGGCCAGAUUCCAACGGCAAUGCAAGCGUCAGCUCCGCCAACACCAUAAAGGUCGAUCAGGGUUCUACCAUCGAUUGGCGUUUCGACGACUGGAGAAAAACAAGAGAGGAUGGGAUGUCGUCUACUUCGAAUGCUAUUGGUGUCAGGUUUGACGCAAAACCAUGGGAGAAUCUUCGUAGCGUUCCUGUCGACAGAGAAGGACAAUUCAUAUACUCCUUAAGGCCACGGACAAGGACUGGUUAUAGCAAACUCAUGUGUGAGAUCGUGACCAAAGAUAAUGUCAAGAUUGUCACUCUUCGCUCGACUUACAAGGUAGAAAACCAGACAUUUUAUCCCUUGGAAAUCACCUUGGUCGAUGAUACUGGACAUCCUGUUUAUCCCAUUGAAAAAAUAGUUCCAGGCGACGACUAUGUCUUGCCGAUAGAAGCAGUCAUACAAAACAGAAUCAGGAUUCAGCCUGAUGCUGGUUUCGGUUAUAGGUGGUCGCAACCGAUGAAGUGGGAGGAUUUCCGCGAUGUUAGACACACGAGCGGUCUUACAGUUCGCUGUCCUCACACGGAUCGCAAGGAAGCACCGUUCCACUUUACUGUCUGUCCCGUCUGGUCUUCGCAGUCAAGAGAUUAUCCUGAGAUGAAAUUGAACCUUCGAGCACCUAUAGAACUAGAAAACCUUCUACCUUUCGAUAUCCGUUACAAGGUGUUCGACAAGGAUACGAACCACAAUUGGAAUAGUUUCCUUAGGAAGGGUGGAAAUACACCAGUUCACUCUGUCGAACUCAGCCAUUUAGUUCUACUCAGCGUUACAAUUGAAGACACCGUGUUCAAAGCCAGUGACUUCACUAUCAUAAACGCCGACAGGAGAUUUGAAUUCGACCAGGAGCACCAAAUUUCUCUAGCAGAUCCCCAGGGAAGGAAGUUAAACUUGAUGCUCAAUUACAUCAAAUUCCCGGAUGCUGGUGGAGCAUUCAAAGUUCAGAUUUACAGCCCAUUUAUUGUUGUUAACAAGACAGGCCUUCCCUUUGGCGUGAAAUGCGUUCGCUCUGCUGGGCUGCACAGGGACGUCGCCGGACCUGUGUCACGAGAUGACUUGACCAGGAGCACUCCAUUCCUUUUGUCUCAUAUCAACAGGAAAGGGAAUGAGUUUGUCUUCAAAGUCGGCGAGUCCAGCUGGUCACAGACGAUGCGAUUUGAUGCACCCAGUGCGGAGGCAGCUAUGGUCAUUCCCCACGUGAACCAGAAAGCGGAAAUAAAUGUUGGGCUCUCAUGGGCGGAGGGAACUGGAAAAUACAAGCUGUCGAAAGUCAUUGAGCUCACACCGCGUUUCUUCAUCUACAACAAGCUUCCGCAACCGAUCCAGUUCCGUGAGGUUGCUGCACCACCGUCUGGUGAACUCAAUCCUGGGGAUCGAGCACCCCUGCACUUCAUGCGCCUUGAGGAUCGCAGGUUGUUGACAAUAGCCUAUCCGGGCUUAAACACCAUUUGGAGUUCCCCGAUCAACAUGGAAGCCAUUGGGACUGUGCAUGUACGCAUGCGCCCCGCAGGCUCAACGUCGGAGCAAGUUCACUUGGUGGAUGCGAAUGUCGUUCUCGACAAGGCAACGAUAUUUGUUAUUCUUUCUGCCCAUGAAGGACCAUGGCCGUUCAUGAUUGAAAACCAGAGUAGUCACGAAGUCACUAUUGGCCAAAUCGACGAGGUGCAUGAGAGGCCGGAGAAAGGAUGCGUAUAUAAGGUGACCGCCGACAGCCGUCUGCCCUAUGCUUGGGACUUCCCAGCUAUGGAAAAGAAGAAGCUGUAUCUCAGCUGCAACAAGCGGGCUCGUAAGAUCGACAUCAUGGAGAUCGGUGUCCUCCCACCGCUGCGACACAAUGGCGGUACAAUUGCCCUUGAUGUUCGUGCCGAUGGUCCAUCGCAACUUUUGACUAUUACCGAUUACCGCGAGGAAACUAGCAUCUACAAGCCCAGACGUCUCAACUCAGGAGCAAAUUUAUCCCGUAGCGACUCCAUAGCAACGACUCAGGAGUUUGAGGCUGUUCAGGAAGAAAUACCGCCUACGUUAUCUGUCACCCUCGACUUUAAAGGACUUGGUAUCUCUCUUUUGAACAAGCGUCUGAUUGAAGUCGUAUAUAUCUCAACCCAGAACGUCAAGCUAGAGUAUCACAACAGCCCUGUCGCACAGUCCGCCAAUUUAGCAAUUGGAACGUUGCAAAUCGACAACCAGUUACACGACGCAUAUUUCCCCGUUCUUCUGCAGCCUACGCCUAUUGCCAAAGAAGACAGGAGUCUAGCUGCUUUACCAACUGUCCAAGCAUCAGUGAUCAUCUUGAAUGAUAGCGCGCAUGGAGUUCUUUUUGUCAAAUAUGCAUCUAUCUUGUUACAGGCUCUCACAAUUCAGAUUGAUGAGGGCUUCUUAUACGCAAUUCUGGAUCUGACGAAGUUGGAAGGUGUCACCUGGGAGACGGAAGAAGAAGGCGUUUUGGUUCUCGACACAGACAAGGUUCCAGAACCGCAACCGGUACAACCUGGGCAAGAUGUCUAUUUCGAAGUCCUUGAGUUGCAACCGAUAUUCCUUUCCGUAUCAUUUGUGCGAAAUAUCAAUCCAUCUGGUGACGAUGCCCAAGCGCAAGCUGUGACAAGCAGAAACCCAUUGGCGGUUGUACUGAACGUCCUGACUAUGACGUUGGCUAAUGCUGAAGGGAUCGAACUGCAAUUGAAUGCCCUAGGAAUAACGGACGUUCGUCUUACGCUGCCAGAGUUCCAGUCUCGAAUACUUUACCACUACCGACAGGAAGUGCUACGUCAAAUAUAUCGCGUACUUGGUGCAGCAGACUUCCUCGGGAAUCCAGUCGGUUUAUUCACAAACGUGAGCUCUGGAGUCGCGGAUAUUUUCUACGAGCCAUGGCAUGGUGUCGUGCAACGCGGUGGUGGCGAGCUCGGUAUCGGUUUAGCUAAGGGAGCGGCGAGCUUUGUGAAGAAAACAAUUUUCGGUCUCUCAGACAGCAUGACAAAGAUUACGUCGAGCGUCGGGAAAGGGCUAAGUGCAGCGACACUUGAUGCUGAUUUCCAGGCAAAACGGCGGAUGAACCAACGUAGGAAUAAACCAAGACAUGCACUUACCGGUGUCGCCUCAGGAGCGGGAGCAUUCGCCAGCAGCGUUGCAAGCGGAGUCGAAGGGGUCCUGAUGAAGCCACUUGAGGGGGCUGACGCCGAGGGUGCUCUUGGGUUCUUCAAGGGUAUGGGCAAAGGAUUUGUUGGUGUCGUUACGAAACCCGUCGUCGGUGUUUUCGAUCUAGCAUCGAACGUUGCCGAAGGUGUCCGUAAUACAACGACGGUCUUUGACGCUCCUCAGCGAGAUCGCGUUCGCAAGCCACGCCAAGUUCCUGCGGAUGGUGUAUUGGAGCCAUAUUCUCCGCGUAAAGCUGUAGGCCAGUCGUGGAUGCGAGAUCUUUCAGACGGAGUAUAUCGCAAGGAUUAUUACAUUGCUCACAUUGACAAUCUGGGAUCAGACAACAUUAUCUUGUUGACGAACGCGCGGAUCCUUUCAUUCUCGUCUAGAGGUUUACAUUUGCACUGGGAGAUGCCAUUAACGACCAUCGCAGGUGUCCAAGGCGAAUCAACCGGGAUACGAUUCGUCAGCAAGGCUGGUCAUGAACAAGACAGAUUUGUCAUCAUCCAGGACUCUGGCUCGAAGGAAUGGUUCUUUGAACAAGUCAAAGCUGUCGUCAUGUCGUUCAACGCACGUCGCAGACUAGAGCGAUGA